UCCCGUUGACUCAUCAGUGCUGCAUGAUAUAGAUGAUAUGUGCAUGCUGUGGUUCCCCCCUUUAUUAUAAUCCAUCAGGACUUCACAGGUACUGCAGUAUUUCGUGGCCUCCAGCAUACGUCUUACCCUCAAGCGUCAGUUUGAAUCCAUUCCUCAGCCAUCCAUAUGGCCAGUCCUCGACGUGCCACCUUCGAGUCUUCAAACUCACCAGAAUCAGACUCUGAUUCAGAAUUUUCUUCAGUGUCAUCACAUAAAACUUCUUCAGCUCCAAUGGAGAAAUCUACUCCCGGUACCGAGCCCUUGAAAGGGAUAAAAUAUGAGCAUCAGUCGUCAGGCAACAAUGAUGACAACACGACAAAGAGUUUAGAAUGUCUACAAUCAUAAGUCGUGGUGUUAUAUAAUACAUGUAUGGACUUUAAUUUCGCGUUUUCAGGCAAAUAAAGGGAAAGUAAGUAUCUGAAGCACUGAUCAUCUAAAUGCUUGACAAUGUACGUAUUGUUUAGCGAGGAGUCAAACUACCCAGAACGCACCCAACACCUGGGAGAGAUACACUUCGGUAGAGUACAACAAGUCAUCAUUACUGCUAUUCGGGCAACUUAUAUCACUCUUGGUCUCCGAUGGAUCCCCGCUGGCUUCCAUGCAGUGGUCAAGACCGACGGUGCAGAAUACCAGACAAGCAAUAAAUCUGUGCACGUAGACCAGGCUAUUGUCGAAUGGCAUGAGCGCAUUCUUCUACCAGGGGAGCCAUCCUCUAAAAUUCGAGUCAGCAUAUUUGCAUCAUUUGAAUUGGGUCCCAUGCUCUGUCACGGCGAACUCCUCCGCACAUUCGAGAUCUCUGUUGGAGAAUUAUUGGAUCGUAGUGAAUCGUCGCACCCAAUAAUCUUCCAGCCAAAGCAGGAGGAAGUCGUAUCUGCUUGUGAUUCACUGUCCAUGAUAGUGGAGCGGCAACUUUCUGAUCAAACUGAUGCCGCAGUUCUUUGCCCUCUUACUACCCUUACAUCUCGCAAUAUGGAUGUGUUAGCACUAAGGACGGAUGCCGGGCAUCGUCUUCUCGCACGAUACCACAGGACGCAGAACAGUAGAGAUCUCAACCAAUCCAUAAAGCACUUCGAACGCGCCUUGAAUCUCUGCCCCAUGGACCAUCCCUGCCAUCCUGCAGCACUGUUCAUUUUAGCCACCACAAAGUUUAUUAGUUGCCAAGCUAACGGAACAUACGUCGACCUCGACGUACUUAUCCCUCUUUUUCAAGAAGCACUUGAUUUACGUCCCAUGGGUCAUCCUGACCAACCUAUCACCCAACUUCAUUUUGCCAUCUCUCUGUUGUCGCGCUUCGCAAAACGAGGAUUUCAAACUGAUGCCGACAUGGCUGAAGAGUUACUGUGCGAAAUCCUCGAUGUCUGCCAUGCCGACAGCCACAUUUACAGAGCAGCUUUGAUUGCAAUCGAAACAUUCGCUCUGCAUUCUGCUGGAAGCAUUGUUGUGAAUGAUCUUGAGCAGGAGCGGCCCGCCACAUCCAUGCUUCUGUUAGCGCCGGAUCAACUUGCUGAUCGAGCAAAGCGGUGUAUGCAGAGAGAUGUUGAACCCCAUGAAUUAGAUGAAGUAAUAUCUUCUCAUUAUAAUGCUGUGGGAUACUAUAACACCGGGCAUGCUUGCCGAUGGCAAUUGCUGUGUAAUCUUGCUGCCAUGCUGCACGCUCGCUUCAAGCGUCGUGGCGGUGACAAGGACUUGGAUCAGGCUAUCGCACUUUACAAGGAAGUGCUGGCUAUGUGCCCAGUCGGUCACACAGAUCGGACCGUGCCAUUAAACAACCUUGCAAAUGGACUUUCCACGCGCUUUGAGCACCGAGGCAACGACAAAGACCUAGAUCAGGCUAUCACGCUUCAUAGAGAAGCACUGGCUUUGCACCCAGUCGGUCACCCAUAUCGGUUUGCGUCAUUGAACAACCUCGCGAAUCGACUUUCCAUCCGCUUUGAGCACCGAGGCAAUGUCGAAGACUUGGAUAAGGCUAUCGCACUUCACAAGGAAGCGCUGGCUUUGUGCGCUGGGGUUUUCACAGAUCGGUCAAUGUCAUUAAAUAACCUUGCGAAUAAACUGUCCACCCGCUUUGAGCACCAAGGCAAUGCCGAAGACUUGGAUCAAGCUAUCGCACUUCACAGGGAAUCGCUGGCUUUGCGCCCGGUCGGUCACACAGAUCGGUCCAUAUCAUUAAACAACCUUGCAAAGCAACUCUUCAUCCGCUUUGAGCAUAGAGGCAACGACGAAGACGUAGAUCAAGCUAUCGCACUUUGCAGGGAAGCGCUAGCUCUGUGUCCGGUCGGUCACACAUAUCGGUUCAUGUCAUUAAACACCCUCGCAACUCAACUCUCCACUCGCUUUAAGCACCAAGGCAACGACGAAGACUUAGAUCAAGCUAUCGCCAUUAACAGGGAAGCACUGGCUCUCUGCCCGGUCGCUCACACAGGUCGCUCCCUGUCAUUGAACAACCUCGCGACUGUGCUCUCUAUCCGCUUUAAGCGCCGAGGCAGCGGCGAAGACUUGGAUCAAGCUAUCACACUUCAUAGGGAAUCGCUAGCUUUGCGCCCUGUCGGUCAUAUAGAUCGGUCUAUGUCAUUGAAUAACCUUGCAAAUCAACUCUCCACCCGCUUUGAGCAGCAAGGCAACGACGAAGAUUUGGAUCAGGCGAUCACACUUCAUAGUGAAGCACUGGCUUUGCGCCCAGUUGGUCACGCAGAUCGGUCGAUGCCAUUAAAUGACCUCGCAAAUCAACUUUCCACGCGCUUUGAGCGCCGAGGGAAUGAGGAAGACUUGGAUCAGGCUAUUGCACUUCAUAGAGAAGCGCUGGCUUUACGGCCAGUCGGUCACACAGAUCGCUCCAAGUCAUUAAAUAAUCUUGCGUCUGGACUCGUCACCCGCUUUGCGCACAAACGCAAUAGAGAAGACCUCGACGAGUCACGAGAGCAUCUAUGCUGCGCAUUGACUCUGUUGACGCAACAUGAUCCUCUUCAAUUAUUGGUUCAUCAGUCGCUAGCUGCGGUUCAUCUAUCAUUCCUUCAAUCAGGGCUUGAUGGCACUGGCGUGGGCGAAGAUAUGAACAACCUGAAUGCUGCCAUGUAUCAUUUCAAAGCAGCAGCAAAUGUUGUCUCUGGAGGCUUACUGCAUCGCCUGCAAGCAAGUCUGAGCUGGGCUCGUUAUGCUGAUAAUUAUUCACAUGAUACUCGACUGGAGGCUUAUGCAACUUCUAUGCAACUUCUGGACGCGCACACGUCUGUGACAGCUUCGGUAUCAUCUCGUCGUGAUGCCAUAAAGGGAUCCCCAUGUACCGUAAUCGGUGUGCUUGCUGCAUCAUGUGCUCUUCACAGUGGUGACGUGCAUCGUGCUGUUGAAUUUUUGGAACAAGGCAGAACCGUCAUCUGGACUCAGAUGAUACGCCUUCGCACGCCUCUUGACAGGCUCCAGACUUGCGACGAUCAUGCAGCGACUCUGAUGAAGAGAUUCAGAGACCUCAGCUCUAUCCUUGAUAAACCUCCUGCGAACCAUUCAAAAGAGACCUCAAGAGCCGAUGUAGAAGCAGAAGAAAUCCGGUAUAGAUGUCUAGUGGGGGACUGGAAUGGAACUGUAGAAGAGAUCCGGAAGAUCGACGGCUUCUCUCACUUCCUACUCCCCCCUAUGUUCUCUGAUCUUCAAGAUGCAGCUCAUGAUGGGCCUAUCAUCAUGCUCAUCGCAGGCGCACCGUCUUGCAAUGCCAUUAUUAUCCCGCACAAGCAACCUCCGAUUAACAUUCAACUCCAUACCGAUUUAUCAAAACUCACCAAAUUGGUAUUCGCAUUCCAAAAUGCAGUUGAAAAAGAGGCCGGUCCCAAAGGGAGCCAAACAGCGCUGAUAAAAGCUUUGAGGGAGUUGUGGGCUGACGUCGUUCCCGAAUAUGGUGGUGUCCGACGUGUUUUUUUCAAUUUCAUGCCGUUGCACGCUGCUGGCGAGUACAGGGCAGAUGGAAAGUCCCUUUCGCAGCAGUAUAUCUCUUUAUACACGCCAUCUCUCACUGCGCUGAUCAACGCUCGCAGAAGUCAUGACAGACCCCCGUCGGCCCCCUUUGUUGCCAUUGGUCAGAAUCGCCCAGCCGGUGCCUUGUUCACUUUGGAUGCUGUAGAGCCUGAGCUGGAAUUGGUGCGGAGACUUUUGCCCCCUCCCCCAACAGUUUCCUUCUCUAAGUUAACCAGUGUUGAUGCCACGAAAUCGAGAGCACUGUGCGCAUUACAAGACAAUACUUGGCUUCAUUUCGCGUGUCAUGGGAAACAGAAUCACGAACCCUUCGAAUCGGCGUUUCUCAUGCGCGACCAGCCGCUUUCGCUCCUCGACAUCACUCAAAUGGAUCUUUCUCAGCAUCAAUUUGCAUUUCUUUCUGCCUGUGAAACCGCAGUCGGUUCCCAGAGUACGCCCGACGAAGUGAUACACCUAGCGGCAGGCCUGCAAUUUGCCGGGGUUAGGAGUGUCAUUGGGACAUUAUGGAAGGUCAACGACAGUACUGUGCAGCGCUUAGUUGAAGCAUUCUACCAAAACUUUUGUGGGGAUGGAAAAAUGAAUCCCAAACGAGCUGCCUGGGCGCUGCACCAGGCAGUCCAUUCGUUGGCUUGUGACAAAGAAAUACCAUUGGACCAGCGCAUAGUGUUCAUGCAUAUCGGCAUAUGUGCGUACUUUUAG